AUGGCUGACAAAAGGACUGCAGCCAAGGACAGCGCGGGAGCAGAUUCUGAUGCAAAACAUCGAAAACUAGACACACCUCAAUUUUAUAUAAACACACAAGACCUGCUAGACGAAGAGGAUGAUAUCAUCGUUCCGGAUUCGGAUGAAGAUAUUUUUGAAAAUGCAAAUAGACAGGCACUUGUGGCAUUUCAUGGUAAUGAACACAUGGGUGAAAUGGUUUUGCCGUUCAACCCACCAACAACCGUGGACGAAACCAGACAACGGCGUUUUAAUAAACAAGAUGCCCAAGCUCUGCGACUCGUCCCAGGAAACCCAAAUUGCUUGCCCAUGGACCGAAAUUGA